CUCUCCUCGCGCUAGUAUCAGCUACACUAGAACAGUUCAGGUUGUGGCAGCAGUGCUCGAAGUGCGCCAAACCACGGCAUUAUUGCCAUAUUCUGGAGAAUCAGUCCGUUUUCUCGGGGAAAAAAAUUAAUAAAAAAUUACUCGGAACGGAUUUCACGUCCGUUGAAACAUUUCAGCACUCAACAAAAAGAAUCUGAUAAUCCCCAGACUCCCAAACAGACGGAACAGACCGGGACCGUUGGGACUUCUAGGACAUAUUCUGGUUUCUACUGCGCAAAAAAGUACAGAGAAUCUUAUUAUACAUACUUGUAUUGUGGAGCAAACGGAUCGGAUGCAUUAAACGCCGCGUUAUUCAGGGCACUGUUAUUAAGCUUUUGUUUUGAAGGGGUUGAACAGCCGCACUGGAUUCAACGCUUGGGAUGCGGGAUCGCUGAACUUAUCUGCUUCUCAUCCGCCUCGUCGAGCGGACUUUUCAUCUGCAGAAUCAGAGAGUCGAUGAACAUCUUAUUCGGGCUUUGGAUUUGAUCUCGAUUCCUGGCUGUAGGCUACUAAACACUUCUGCAGACGUUGCACCGAAUGCAGUUUUAGUAACAGCUGACUUUCUGUCGUAUCGUGAAGGGUGGACAGAAGUGGAUUGUGUUGAAGUUGCAUGAAUCACCGGAUCGCUCUUUGCAGAUCGCGACAUCAGAUCGGAUAUUUGGCGCAAGGCGUGAAGCGCGAUGGCGAUGUUGGCGACUUUUUGGAUAGUCCUGCUGGUCGCGUUAAACGCUCCAGCGGGUAAUGGGCAGUCGGUGCAGACGGACCCCAGUAAGUCCGGAUUUGUGGGUGACACGGUCGAACUGCGAUGUGUCUUCAUCAACGGUAAGCCACCAGUGAAGAUCUCUCAGGUCACCUGGCAAAAGCUGAUAAAUGGCACCAAACAAAACGUUGCCACCGCUAAUCCAGACUUGGGAGUAUCAGUACUGCCCCCUUUCAAAGACCGUGUGAGCUUCAAGCAUCCCGCUGUCCGCCAGAGAACUUCUACUCAGAGUGCCCCUUCUACUCUUGAGGAUACCACCAUUGUGUUCAGCAACCUACGGCUCUCUGAUGAGGCAGCCUACAUCUGCGAGUACACCACCUUCCCAGCAGGCAACAGGGAGAAUAUGGUCAACCUCACCGUCUUUGCACGGCCAGUGACCCAGAUGACCUUGACUUCAGCCACCAUCGUGGCAAGGACACCGAAACGCAAGAUCCCUGUGGCCACCUGCAUGUCGGCUAACGGCAAACCUCCCAGCAUCAUCAAAUGGGACACCACUCUGAAGGGUGAAGCCACGUUUCAGGAAACGCGCAAUCCAAAUGGCACCGUGACUGUGCGCAGCAACUACAUUGUGUUGCCCAGCCGCGAGACCCACCGUCAAAAACUGACCUGCAUCGUCACCUACCAUACAGACCGCUUUAUUGACAGCGUCAUACUCAAUGUUCAGUAUGAGCCAGAGGUAAAAAUCGAGGGAUUUGAUGGGAACUGGUAUCUCAAUCGUCAAGACGUAAAGCUGACGUGCAAUGCAGACGCCAACCCAGCUGUCACCAUCUACCAGUGGAAACUGUUGAAUGGAUCACUUCCCAACAACAUUGAAAUCAAGAACAACACCCUAUUCUUCAAAGGCCCGGUGACCUAUGAGUUCGGCGGGACAUACGUCUGCGACGCCACCAAUAGCAUUGGCACGCGCUCUGGACUUGUCGAGGUCAACGUGACGGAAUUCCCUAACUCCUCGCCUUUUGAUGGCCGUGAGAUCCCACAGGAGGUGCAUAGUUACGGAGCUGCCAUCGGCGGUGCGGUCGGUGGAGUGGCCCUGCUGGUGGCUGCCAUCGCCCUGCUUGUCUUCUUCCUGCGGCGGCGUCAGCGCACCUUUAAGGGUGACUACAGCACCAAAAAACAUGUGUUCGGGAAUGGAUACAGCAAGGCAGGUGGCAUGGCUGCCCAUCCUCCGAUGCCCAAGAACCUGCAGUACCCAGACGACUCGGACGAUGAAAAGAAACCGGCUCAAAUUAGCGGGCCUGGCGGUUUCGAGAGCGGCGAUCAGGAUUUCGACGGCAACUCUGAGGAUCUGAAGAGACCCUAUUUCACCGUAGACGAAGGUGAAAGUCGCGAUUACGAUGAACGGACUCUCGCCUUCCAGUAUGACCCCGAGCCCGAGAUCACCGAUGACAUGGUAUCCCAAACCGAUGGCUCUGUUAUUUCAAAGAAAGAGUGGUAUGUGUAGAGUGGCAUGAAACGUCAAUGAAAAAAGAUCGACCUUUUGCCCUCUCCUGCAUCCAACCACACCCAUCCACCUCCAUCACUAGAACCCUCCCUCCAUGUGUUCAUCCCUAUCUGCACAUCCCACCCCUGACCCAGUAACCUUCGCCCCCAUCAGAGUCCAUCGAAAUAAACAGCUGUAGAAAAAGCAUCAACACAUCAACAUCAACAUGCUUUUAGAUGAAAGAGCUACAACAGCAAGAGGUUUUCUCAGUGACUGAUGCCAAUCGACAUCCAGUAAGGCUGGACAGGCAGGUAGCUUGAAAAUAUUACGGUGUAUUAUCAUUUUUGUCUCAUUUUGUUGUUAUUAAAAAUGUAUUACAUGUAUAAAAAGAGACUGUAAGUGUUUCGGAAAGGGGUAUAUUGCUGAUCAUGUUGUGAAAGUCUUACACUGGAUGUAUGAUUAUUUUUUUUAUUGAUUGUCUUGUUUUGUUUUGUUUUUUUCUAUCUCAUUAGCAUAUUACCAUUACUUUUACAUUAAUCAUAGUUUUGUUCAUUUUAUAUAGUCUUGUUUUUAUAUGGAGUGUUGGUUACCAGAAAAUGUGGAACUAAAUAGUAGAAUAAUUAUUCCUGCCCGUACAUGUGCCGUUAUGAGGUCAAAGGUUGCAUUAACACUAUUGUGUUUAAUGGAAACAUCAUAAUCCUGUGGUUCUUGAUACAAACGCCACUCCCAACUUCCUAAAGGACCAGAAUGUAGAUCCAGGGGUCCGAAAAUGUGGCAUUGCCUUGAAGCUUACGAUCCAAUGGAACAAAAAAGCAUGUGGGUUCUGACUGCUCUCCAAAAACAGUAUUUAUUUUAAGACCCAGCUCUGCUGAGAGCUGAGGAACACAUCUGCAGCAUUAGUCAUAUACACACUGCAGUCAAGCAUGCAGAACAGUGGCCUAGACAGAUAUACUGCACCCACCCACCCGCC